UGUCCACCGCUCCACACACUCUGACACAUGACAUGGUCUGGGACUCUUGAUAGAGAGGAGGCCAAUGCAAAGACAUGGACUUUAGACAAAUGAGGCAUUAAAAGCUUGACCUACUGGACUGGACAAACAAACACUUGAGUUGACCUUGGAGCACUGAAAGAAUUGAAGUGGAAUUGUUCCAUAAUGGCAGUCCCAAAUGACAGCUCCAUUUUUAACUCCACCUUCUCUCCAAAUACGACCAACAACCUCGAGAACACUUCUGCUUGCACAGACUGGCCUCCGGUACCCAUGACCACCAUCAUCCCCUCUAUCUACAGCGUUAUCUGCGUUCUGGGCAUCAUUGCCAACACACUGGCUAUGUGUGUGUUGGCCCACACUAACGCCUCAAGGAGAACUGUCGCCAAUACGUUCAUGCUGAACCUUUGCGUGUCGGACCUUCUGUUCCUGCUGUCUCUCCCACUGUGGGCUGUUUACUACUCACAAGGCUACAGCUGGCCCUUCGGACGAGUAGCGUGCAAGAUCUGCGGAAGUCUCCAUAAUCUCAAUCUGUAUGCCUCCAUAUUCUUCAUCACUUGCAUGAGCAUGGACCGCUACCUUGCUCUGGUUCAUCCACUGCGCUCUCAGAGUGUUCGAGACCUGAAACGUGCCAAGCUCAUGUGCAUCCUCGUGUGGGUUCUGGCAUUUGCUUGCACGGCGCCAACUACAGCUCUGAGGGACACUCACUACAUCGAGGUGUUGGACGUGGAAGCUUGUGUGAUUAUUUAUCCGGAUCCCACCUGGUAUCGGAGCCUCGCCUGGAUGAAAGUAAUUCUGGGCUUUUUCCUGCCAAUGAUCAUCAUCUCUUGUUGCUACUGUGCAAUUGGUAGACACUUCUUGGCUGGUUCUGGGGUUGUAAUCCUGUGGAAACCAUCACACUCUGGCAGUACAUUUAAAGCCUCGGGGUCACAAGACAGCUGCAGUAAACCAGAGAGACCCCCGACCCCAUGUGUGAACCCUAGCCCCAGUGGAGGCAGACCCAUGGAGGGAAGAGGGCUGGAAAGGGUCUUAUGGACUGUGGCUGCAGUUGUCUUGGCCUUCUUCCUUUGCUGGUUUCCCUUCCAUUGUGUGACGUUUAUAGACAUACUGAAGAGUGAUGACUGGUUGGACAGUUGCUGGGCACAGUGGACCAUCCAGAACCUCACCCCCCUCACCCUCUGCUUGGGCUUCUCUAAUUCUGCCAUCAACCCGGUGCUGUACUGCUUUAUUGGGAACCAUUUCCGAGGUAGACUGGGCACACUUAGUAAGGGUCUGUGUGUGCGUUUGAAGACUCGUGAGGAGGAUCACAGUCAGAAGAGGGGCUCAUUCAGCACUAGACUCAGUUCUUUCUCCCAAAAACUCAGUGACUUGAAAGAUCUGGCAAUUGUUGAUGCCUCUGCACAUGCUUAGGCGCCUGUUGAGGGAACAUAACACUGGGCAAUGAUUCAAUAAUAGUGAUGAAAAAAAUAAAUAAAUAAAAACAAUGUAACCUGAAGAUUGAGACUGCUUUCACGAGACUAAUAAGAAAAAAUAGAUUAAAAUCUUCCAAAACAAAGGAGGAAGAAAGGACAUUUUGCUGUUUUUCAAGAUGACGCAUGAAGUAGCAGAGUUGUUACUGCUCAAUAACCUUCAAAUACUAUACUGCAUCAGAUAUUCUACCUUUAAAGAGAUAGGGUUUUUUUUUCACCGUCAGAGAGGUAAUAAUUUAUCAAUAUGUUUACUGGGUUGUUGAAAUGCACUUCAACAUACUGAGAGCACUGUCUAAUAGUAUGACUCUCUAUAUACCAUCUCCGUUAUAUUUCUAUAUUCUGAUGUCAUCUUACAAGCUAUUAAAUGGUGAGGUUAAAAUGUUUGGCUUUGGUUUGCUGUUCCUCACAAUCAGAUCAUACUGUUAUGAUGAAACAUGUUAUGUUUUAUUUCAGUAGAUGCUGUGAAACCUCAAAUUAUUCAUCCUUGACCAAGUUUCGAGUGUCUUCUUUUUAGCUAUAAAUGACACCAAGAAGUGGCAAAACUAUAAAAUUUAGU